AGCUUAGUGGAUACAGGGCUUGAGUUAGCGGACUUCAAGGAAUCCUCUGGAACAAGUGUCUUUAGAACAUUUCGCCUGGUAAUAGAUAUAUAAAUACUUCAGUUUAGAGUUCAGUAAAUAAGUGAAAAAAACAAACUUUGUCAUUUUAACUUUCGCAGUGCUGCACGUUGUAUCCCAAUUUUCACCAAAUUGACCUUUCACCCCUCCACUAACAACGACUUAUCAGCGCACCAGUUUCGUAAAAGGUGGCUGGCAACAGUUCGCAAAGUUGUUUUUACAAUACUAUUUCCACUUUAUUGUUGCAGUUCAGGAUCUUAAAGCUGGCUCAGUCCUGGAAGACGAUGCGUAGACUGUUGGCAACGAUAGCCAACAGCGUCGGACCAAUCGGAAACAUCACUCUCAUCCUCGGUCUUGUGAUCUACAUCUUUGCUCUGAUGGGAAUGAAAAUGUUUGGCAAAUCCUACACACCAGACAAGUUUCAGCCAGAUGAAGUCCCUCGCUGGAAUUUCAAUGACUUUUGGCACGCGUUCAUGAUGGUGUUCAGAGUGUUGUGUGGGGAAUGGAUCGAGCCCCUCUGGGAUUGCAUGAGGGCCACAGAAAGUCCCGCCGCUGCGAUACUUUUUUUCAUUCCAGCGGUUGUCAUAGGAAAUUUUGUUGUAAGU